CAACUGAGUGGUGUGAAAAUUCUAAAAUCGCUACCCACCGCUCCUCUUUGUGCUGGGUUUGGCUGUUCUCCAAAACAUCAAGGCUAGCAGUCGAGGGACUGAAACAUAAUCGGUGGAGAUAUGUUUUCACCCCUUUAAACGUUCUCCGAGUGGCUCUGAAAGGCAGCGGCUCGUGUCGGAAACACCUCCCGGCCGCAGGACCCGAAGGGGAACGGAAACCGGAUCGGGAUGUCCCAGCAAAAAUGCAUUGUGAUCUUCGCACUAGUCUGUUGCUUUGCCAUCCUGGUUGCAUUGAUCUUUUCGGCAGUGGAUAUCAUGGGAGAGGAUGAGGAUGGACUCUCAGAGAAGAACUGCGAAAAUAACUGUCGGAUCACCCUGGUGGAAAACAUUCCCAAAGGCCUUAAUUAUUCAGGAAGUGCCCUGUUCCAUCUCCCGCUCUUCCAAGGCUGGUGGAAUUUGCUCAACAUGGCCAAGAAGUCCGUCGAUAUCGUCUCCUCCCAUUGGAAUCUCAACAGCAGUUCCCCACUGGCACGUCAGGGUCGGCGUCUUUUGGAAAAAUUGUUCCAGCUGGCUGCCCGAGACAUUGAGAUCAAAUUAGUGAGCGAUGUGCUAACUGCUGAUUCAAAGGUAUUAGAAGACUUGAAAUUAAAGGGGGCAGAGGUGACUUACAUGAACAUGACGGCUUAUAACAGGGGUCGGCUUCAGUCUUCCUUCUGGAUCAUCGACAAACAGCACGUCUACCUUGGCAGCGCCAGCUUGGACUGGAGGUCCCUUGGACAGAUGAAGGAGCUCGGCGUCAUCUUCUACAACUGCAGCUGCCUGGUCUUAGACAUUCAAAGGAUAUUCGCCUUGUACAGCUCGCUCAAAUACAAGACCAAAGUGCCGCAGUCCUGGUCCAAGAGAUUGUAUGGGGUCUAUGACAACCAAAAAAAACUGCAGCUCCAGUUGAACGGCACCAAAUCGGAAGCCUUUGUUUCGAAUUCCCCCAAACUCUUCUGCCCCAAAAACCGAAGCUUCGAUCUGGAUGCCAUCUACAGCGUGAUCGACGACGCCCAGAAGUUCGUCUAUAUCGCGGUGACGGAUUACCUGCCUCUCAUCUCCAAUGUCAACACUCAAAGGAUUUACUGGCCGGAUUUGGAUGGGAAGAUAAGGGAGGCGCUCGUUUUGAGAAGCGUCAAAGUUCGACUGCUCAUAAGUUUCUGGAGGAAUACCGACCCACUCACGUUCAACUUUGUUUCAUCCCUUAAAGCGAUUUGCACUGAAAUCCCCUCCUGCAGUUUGAAAGUGAAAUUCUUUGACCUGGAGAAAGAGAGCGCCUGCCUUUCCAAAGAACAAAAGGAUAACUCCUUCCCGAAGUUAAACCGCAACAAAUACGUGGUGACCGACAGGGAGGUUUACAUUGGGAAUUUCGAUUGGGUGGGAAACGAUUUCACCCAGAAUGCCGGAGCCGGCCUGGUCAUCAGCCAGGCGGACGCGGGGAACGAGACGAGCGUCAUCAAGCAACUGAAGGACGUGUUUGAGAGGGACUGGUAUUCACCCUACGCCCAGAACCUCCAGUUGACCAAAAUCCCCAACUGCCUCAGCCACAGACCCAUCACGGCGGCACCGGACAAGACGGCAGCCGCCACACCAAACGUAAACUGAGGGUGCCCGUCGAGGCCAACCCGCGGGACGAUUCAGAUCUGGAUAGAAGGACUAGGGGGAAACAGCAAAAAAUUUAAUACGUCUGUUUUGGGAUUUUUUUUUUUAAGAGAAAAGCACACUUACCUAAAAGAUUCUCUGAAGUGCAUAAGGUAAUAGCCAACUCUAAGCUCUACCUGGACUGGAUUUAAGACUCCUACGUCGGUUACUUCAGACUCCGAAUGUCAUUUCCCUCCAGAGGCUGGAUGGGAAAUUGGACGUCGGAAUCGAAAGCCUUUGUUCCUCUUCUCUGGCUUCUGGGACGUUUCCUCGCCCCUUGUCUGUUCAGGGUUUAAUCCGAAGGGAGAGAUCUAUUUAUGGGAAACGCGAGGUGGAUGCUUCGCAUCGGCAAGGGCGGAUGCCAAAUCUUCCACCUCUAUUUUCAAUCCUUUCUCACCUGUAUGUCCUCCCAGGGAUACUGACUCGAUCCCAAGACAAACUCUCAGCUGAUGUGUCCCCUUCUCUCUCGUACUAUUGGUUUGACUUUGUUCAGUCUCUGCCCUUUUCCAACGUUUUACUUUCUCACAUCUCUCGUGCCUCUCUUCAAAGCUCACUGGAAAAAACCACCCCUAGACUUAUGUAAUUUUAUGUGUGGAAAUGGCCCAGAGCCUCAGAAGGGUGAUUCAGGGACCCCCCCGCUUCCCCCCAAACCUUUCUCUUUCACCUCUUAAUUGGGCUUUAUCAAAGCCUCGCCAGCUUGGGUGUGAACCGUUUUGUUUUCAAAUCAAACGUUGUCCCCUUUUCAGAGAUGAGUGUAGCGAACAGAUAAUUCCCGACAAAUCAUCAUCAGCCUUAUUAAGGGGAAAGCCUCCUUUUUUUUUUUUAACAACCUUUUCUUACUCCGUUGCAGCCAGGCCUCGAUUAAGCGAGUCUUCUUCAUUUCAUCAACGUGGUAUGGAGAGUGUGUGCCUGCAAACGUGUGUUGAUCCAUCUUCAAACGGCAGUGACUUGAGACAUCGGGUGCUUUUCAGAGAAGAGUAGUUAGUUUCAGUACCGCGGAUCACCGUGUUUUUGGAGGAGACUAACGCAUUCCGGUGGGCUAGAUUAUUCUCUAGAUUCACUAGUGGUCGCUUGUUUUAGAGUCUGUGGGAGGCGAUUAUGAACCAGGAGGGAUGCUGGUCCACCCUAUCCUAAUCCAUACCUGCCAGCGAGGAUUUAUUGGAUUCUAAUUCUGCCCCGACUCCUGCUAUGAUUCAGAUAAUCCAUUCGACGCUUUCGCCUUUAUUUCCUGGUAGGCCAUGGGACGCUCUCCCCACCUACCUCACAAGAGUGUUGUGGCUGUGAAAACCCAUCAGUCGCAUUUCGCAAACCCAACGACCAAUCUUAAAUGCUAAGCGUUCUUACCUUAUAAGCGUUCUUACCGUAUAAUCUCCUCUCCCGGGAUCGUCUCGUCGUUACCCUCCUGUACCACGACGUCCUUCCUCGGGAGAGGGUGGAAAAACCGAACUCCAACCCCCAGGGGUGGGUUCUGGUGGAAGCAAUGCAGGCGUGGAAGGCGAGGCUGGUUUGAUGAGAGUGUUUUAUGUUAUCGUGGAUUCUGGGCAUUCCCACACUGGCGAACUUUUGGUAGGAUGUGUGAUGGAGCAGAAUAAUAGUCCCCGCUCACUCUUUCAGGCCAACCGGGGCUCUCGGUUUCCAGGGUUAGAUUAAGCGAUCUCACUGAGGCCUGAUGCUUCGUGGCGAACCGUUGACCCAAAGAGGGUGAGUCAGUGUGAUCUGAGUUUUACUGCAGGUGGAACAGUCAUUUCCCUUGGGUCUCCCUAUAGGACAACAAUGCUGGAAAAUUCAGCCUUUCCGGCACGGAGGCUUUGUCCACACCCGUCUUUUGCGAUGAAGCAGCUUUCGUUAGAGAAGCAGCGUGGCCUAGUGUCUAGACCACAGGGC